AUGAUUAGCGAGAUAUCAAAACUGACAAAUCGAUUUAAAUAUAACUGCGUUGAUCUGCAAUCAAAUGAGUACUAUUGUCAAGCUGUAUGGAACGUAAUUGCGGAGGUCCUAAAAGAGGAACGUGAAUAUAAGCGAGCUAUGGACCGGAAUAAGAAGGUCCCCUUUCCAUGUGCCUGUGGAGUAACUUGUUCCUUCGCCGAGUACCUUCAAGCCUUUAUCUCUGCAUUUGAUCGGCUAUAUUUGGAGUACAGAGCUGUCCAUCAAGAUUUCACGAGCCUUUUUCGAGCCACGUGGGUAAGGCCAGUUCUGAAGGAUAGGGAGAGGGAAGGAGAUGAGCCUGAAAGAGUCUUGUUUUCUCUGCAUGAACCCCCUCCAACGAUGAGCAGUUUGUCAACCCUCCUUGAUCCAGACCGUAUCAGGAUCACUCCUGUUGGGUACUCUUCUGCAUAUGGGGAAAAGUUGCCGUUUGAAUCCCAUGACACGGAAGACAAUGAAGAAGCGAAAAUGAGGUUAGACGUUAUCCGAAAGCGACUCGCGCAACAUUUUGAGGGACGCUCCCUUUGGGUCCGACUGUGGCCAUUCACAUAUGCCUACAAAGUGUGCCUGUGCCUCUAUUGCGAUUAUCGAGACUGUGUGACGGAUUACCGAAGAGCAAUUGAGAAGUUGGAAAAAGAAUACGAUUUUCUGUAUCGACAGUAUGAGAUCCUGUUUGGAGCGGUCGAUAUGCUGCCUCCAGAAGGUAGUAAAAAGAUUAUUAUGCUGUCUAGAGAACAGCAAAAAGAAGAGGAGGAGGCGUCAGGAUGUAUGCAGACUUCUACUUACCCCGAAAGACGAUAUGGUAGUACUAUGGAGUUGUAA